AUGGAUAAUGUAAAUGACGAUCUAGGCGCCCCAAUAUCAGAGACGCGUCGUCGUGUGUAUCCGAAAUCGUCUAUCGCGCCGCUUCUGGUUUUGUUGCUAUUAGUUAAUCUUGGGACUACACUUUAUCAACUACCGCUAAAUCGGGUCAUUGAAAAGCGUCUCUGUCGGGAAUAUUAUAUCAUCCAUGACCCCUCUAUGAUCGAUCCUGAUGGAAACAUCAGCGAAAAGCGUUGCAAGGAGAAUGCUAUCCAACAGAGCCUAGCUUGGACAAUUGGGACUAUGGAAACUUUAUGGAUUGUCGGAGAUUUCGUUAUGACUAUUCCUUUGGGGUUUGUAGCUGAGAAGUACGGCCGAAGGACUGUGCUCUGGCUCAACCUUAUACCGAGGCUCUUCAUGCUUGCAUGGGCUGUGGUAGUCGGCUAUUUUGAAGAGAGCCUGCCUCUAAAAGCCAUUGUUGCUGGCCCAAGUCUUUCCGUCUUUGGCGGUGACUGCGUUUUUAAUUCCAUCAUAUACGCUCUAGCAGCCGGUUUAACAGAAGACAAUGUCGUUAGAGCAACUUAUUUCAGCUGGAUUAACGCUGUAUCAUAUGUAGUCACAUUUGUUGGGCCCGGACUUGCUGGAGCAACGAUGACCUUGAACCUGUUCCUACCAUUUUUAAUCGGUAUCUGCCUAUUACUAUUGGCCAUUCCCACAGUAUCAUUUCUAGUAGACCCGGCGCAUAUCCCAACAGCAUCAGAAGAUGAGCAACGGCAGCCUCUCAUAUCGUCACCUAUAUUGAAGGCUCAAGAAACAGAUACAUCCAUCCUAAAACCCGUUAUUGAGCGCAUUCGUACUCUCUAUUACAUUGUCAAAAGUCACCCAAUGAACCUCAUUCUCUUACUAGUUGGCUUUUUCCUCACUUCCCUUGCAAGCUCCGACACCAAGCUUUUACCCCAAUAUAUAUCGAAGAGAUACGAUUGGGAUUUUGCUAAAGCCGGCUACCUCUUAUCCGCGAAGGCUAUCGUAAAUUUUACUCUCCUCACCUUUGUAAUCCCGGGCAUUCUGAAGUCUAAAGCCUCUGUUAAUCAGCCCCAAUCUCAGUCUCUUUCCGACAAAGACAAUGUUCGCUAUGCUCGAGUCUGCUUAGUCGUCUCUGUCCUAGGUGCAUUGGCUAUUUCUUCUGCAGUUACAAUUUGGCUCUUAUUUCCAUCUCUUCUAUUAUACGCUCUCGGAUCUGCAUUGCCCGUCUUUACCAUGGGUUUGUUGAAAUCUCGAUCGGUAUCGCCUAAGGAUGACGACCAGCCAACAAACCCAACCGAACCAGAAACGCACAUAUUCUCUAUCGUCAUGAUGGUAAAAACUCUUGGUUCUCUGGUAGGGGCACCUUUAAUGGCAACAUUAUGGGUUCGAGGUAUUGCGACGGGCGUUCUAGGUAUCCCUUAUUUAGUGAGCGCAGCUUUGUACAUUGCCGCAAUUGUCGUAUUUGCUAGUAUCAAAGUCAUAUGA